AUGUACAAGGUCUUCACUGCUUCCCUUCUGGCCACUGUUGCUCUUGCAGCAGGCCAUAAUAACCUCCUUGCCCGCCAGGUUUUUAGCUGCGAAUCCCACGCUGGCUACAAGACCUGCAUGAAUGUUUGCAUCCCCAUUAGUGACAGCUGCUGUCCCGGCGCGUUCGGCUGCAGGCCAGGCACCUAUUGCGACGGCGAUGGCUGCUGCCCCAACAACAAGAUCUGCACUGGUGGUGGGGGAAUCGUUACUGGAACCUUGACUGAUACCAUCACCUUGACAAACACUCUUACGAGCACUCUGGCAAACACUCACACUGAGACCGCGACGGCUCCUACCACUACUGAAACCACUUCAACCUCUACCUCGACCACCACUUCGACUUCGACCUCUACUUCUACUGCCACAUCCACCUCGACCUCAACCUUGACCUCUCGCUCAGUCAUCCCCACUCAGCCCACCAUCACCUCUCCCAGCUCCCCUCCAAGCUCAAGUCGCUCGCCCUCUGCGCCUGGCUCCUCCACCGCCAGUCCUUCUUCCCCACUGUUCACCGGCGGCGCCUCCAGCAUGAAUGCCGGCCUCGGUGCUGUGGUGUGUCUGAUUGCGGGAGCCGCUCUCCUGUAA